CAGAAGUUACUGUGAAAGAAACAAAGUGAGACACAUUCACAGCGAGAGACAUCACUUUAAGUGCUGCCAGGCUUGUUGAUAGUUCAGCUGGCAUCAUGGCAGAGCUCACUUUCAAUGUGGAUCAUGGCUAUCUGGAGGGUCUGGUUCGAGGAAUGAAGGCUGGGAUUCUGACUUGCACCGACUAUCACAAUCUGGCCCAGUGUGAUACGCUUGAGGACAUGAAGUUGCAUCUGCAGAGUACAGAUUAUGGCAAGCUGCUGUCCUCCUCUGAAGAGGACCUAACUGUGUCUCUGGUGGACAGCAAGCUGAGGAAGAACCUGGUGACUGAAUUCAGCUGCCUUCGCUCCAACGCCCUGCCUCCAUUAUCCACCUUUCUUGACUAUAUAACCUACAGCUACAUGAUUGACAAUGUGGUGAUGCUGAUUACUGGGGCUCUGAAACAGAGAGAUGUGGCAGAGCUCCUCCCACGAUGCCACCCACUGGGAGCUUUUGACCAAAUGGCAGCAGUGGGCAUUGCUCGCACCCCCACUGAGCUCUACUCAGCCAUCCUGGUGGACACACCUCUGGCUCAGUUCUUCCAGGAUGCUGUGUCUGAGUCCAGUCUGGAUGAGAUGGAAGUUGAGGUCCUGAGGAACAAACUGUACAAGGCCUAUUUAGAGUCUUUCCACUCGUUCUGCGAGAACAUUGGUGGUGCCACAAAAGAUCUUAUGUGUCCUGUCCUGGAGUUUGAGGCAGACAGGCGGGCAUUCAUCAUCACAGUGAACUCCUUCGGGACAGAUCUCAGCAGUGCAGACAGGAGUGCACUGUAUCCAGCUUGUGGCAAACUUAACCCUGAAGGGCUGCGACUGCUGGCCAAGGCAGAGAACCACGAGCAGGUCAAAACUGUGGCUGACUGUUAUCCAGAGUAUAAACUCAUUUUUGAUGACCCUGAACCGGGAUCAGAUUUUAAGACGCUGGAAGACAGAUUCUUCGAACAAGAGGUGAAGCUGAACGUACUUGCUUUUCUGCAGCAGUUCCACUUUGGUGUAUUUUACUCCUACAUCAAACUGAAGGAGCAGGAGAGUCGCAACAUCAUCUGGAUCGCUGAGUGUGUCACACAGAGACAGAAGUCCAAAAUACACAACUACAUACCCAUCUUCCCCGGAAGAAACUAA